AAUAAUAAAAAUAAAAAUAAAAAUAAUAAUAAUAAUAAUAAUAAUAAUAAUAAUAAUAAUAAUAAUAAUAAUAAUAAUAAAAAUAAUAAUAAUAAUAAUAAUAAUAAUAAAAAUAAUAAUAAUAAUAAUAAUAAUAAUAAUAAUAAUAAUAAUAAUAAUAAUAAUAAUAAUAAUAAUAAUAAUAAUAAUAAUAAAAAUAAUAAUAAUAAUAAUAAUAAUAAUAAUAAUAAUAAUAAUAAUAAUAAUAAUAAUAAUAAAAAUAAUAAUAAUAAUAAUAAUAAUAAUAAUAAUAAUAAUAAUAAUAAUAAUAAUAAUAAUAAUAAUAAUAAUAAUAAAAAUAAUAAUAAUAAUAAUAAUAAUAAUAAUAAUAAUAAUAAUAAUAAAAUUAAAAAUGAAGUUUUUAUAUUACUGACAAAUAUGCAAGGAUUCAUUCACCAUAAAGAUGAGCUGGAAAUUGUUAUAAAUGAUAUGAGACCUGAUAUUGUAUGUAUCACAGAAACACAUGUGACAAAAGACAUAGAAGAACAUGAAAUAGAUAUCAAAAAUUAUAAUAGCAUUAAUGUAUACUCUGGAAACAAACGGACGGGAGGAGUGACAAUAUAUUUAAGGAAGGAAAUUAAAUUUAAGGAACUUCAAAAUGUGGUGGACUUAGGAGAAGAAGAGAAAAAUAUGUGGAUCAGUAAUGUGAAGCUGGAAGGAAAAUAUGAGAAGGGUGAUUAUCAAAUAGUACAGGAGUGCGAGGAAUUAGUUGAAAGUGGACAAGUGAUUUUGGUCGGUGAUUUUAAUAUAGACAUAAGUAAAGAAACGCAAUAUUCGAAAAAGUUACUGAAAGAAAUGAAAAGCUUGGGUCUAAAAAAAUGUUUUAAUUCCUAUAGGAGAUGUACAAAAAGUUCAAGUACAACUAUUGAUUUAGUGUUUUCUAAUAUGAGUAUCAAGACGGAAGUGAUUGAGAAACCUAGGAUUUCGGAUCAUUUCAUGAUUAAAGUUACCGUACCCAGAAAAGUUGAAGUAGAAUAUGAUAAUGGUCUGUAUAUAGGAUAUAAAAGAGAUUACAGCAAUGAUAAUAAAAAACUAUAUAAGAACGUGUUAAAUGAUAAGUAUCGAAAGUGGAAAGAGAAUAAGAAAGCUCUUAAUGUCGAUGAUGUAGACGCACGAGUAGACGGAGUGACUGAAGUUAUUAUUGAAAGUAUGAACGAAAUUGCACCGAUGAAAAGGAAACAGAUUGAGAAACAAAAAAAAGACUCGGAAAAGAUGUGGAAAAAUUUAGAAGAAAUUAUUGGAGAUAAGCAAAAGAGCAAAGGACAGAGUGACAUUGUGUUUAGGGGUAUAAAUUACACUGACGAAAGCAUGAUUGCUGAUAAAUUUAACGAAUACUUUAUUGAAAGUAUAGAUGAAAUUGUAAAGGAUGAAAACGAAGUUGAUAAUAUAAUAAAAAACUUAGACAAAAAUAAAUGUAAAAAUGAAGAAGUAUCGACCGACAUCAUAAUACCUGUAUGGAAUGUUAAUAGAGGAGUUAUUAUUGAUAUGAUUAACUGUAGUAUUGAACAAUGUAAAAUACCUGCAUUGUGGAAGAACUCUAUAAUACAUCCUAUACAAAAAGUAAGAGGGAGUAGAAAAGCAGAAGACUAUCGGCCAAUAAAUACAUUACCAAUCUUAGAGAAAAUAUUGGAAGAGAUAAUUAAAAAUCAAUUAGAAGAACAUAUAACAAAGAACAAAAUAUUAAAAGAAGAACAAUCAGGAUUUAGGACGGGGCACUCAUGUGAGACAGCUUUGCUGAAGAUUAUAAGUGAACGGAAAGCAGGAUUGGAUGAAGGAAAGUUGUAUGGAGUAUUGUAUUUGGAUUUGAAGAGAGCUUUUAAGACGAUCAACAUAAACAGACUUAUUGAAAAAUUAGAAAGAAAGUGUGGCGUAAAGCAGAAGGCAAUUGAAUGGUUGAAAUCAUAUUUGAAUAAUAGGACUCAGCAAGUUAGAUAUGGAAAAGGAGUGUCGAAAAAGAAAAAAAAUAAUAAUAAUAAUAAUAAUAAUAAUAAUAAUAAUAAUAAUAAUGAUAAUAAUAAUAAUAAUAAUAAUAAUAAAAAUAAUAAUAAUAAUAAUAAUAAUAAUAAUAAUAAUAAUAAUAAUAAUAAUAAUAAUAAUAAUAAUAAUAAUAAUAAUAAAAAUAAUAAUAAUAAUAAUAAUAAUAAUAAUAAUAAUAAUAAUAAUAAUAAUAAUAAUAAUAAUAAUAAUAAUAAUAAUAAUAAUAAUAAUAAUAAUAAUAAUAAUAAUAAUAAUAAUAAUAAUAAUAAUAAUAAUAAUAAUAAUAAUAAUAAUAAUAAUAAUAAUAAUAAUAAUAAUAAUAAUAAUAAUAAUAAUAAUAAUAAUAAUAAUAAUAAUAAUAAUAAUAAUAAUAAUAAUAAUAAUAAUAAUAAUAAUAAUAAUAAUAAUAAUAAUAAUAAUAAUAAUAAUAAUAAUAAUAAUAAUAAUAAUAAUAAUAAUAAUAAUAAUAAUAAUAAUAAUAAUAAUAAUAAUAAUAAUAAUAAUAAUAAUAAUAAUAAUAAUAAUAAUAAUAAUAAUAAUAAUAAUAAUAAUAAUAAUAAUAAUAAUAAUAAUAAUAAUAAUAAUAAUAAUAAUAAUAAUAAUAAUAAUAAUAAUAAUAAUAAUAAUAAUAAUAAUAAUAAUAAUAAUAAUAAUAAUAAUAAUAAUAAUAAUAAUAAUAAUAAUAAUAAUAAUAAUAAUAAUAAUAAUAAUAAUAAUAAUAAUAAUAAUAAUAAUAAUAAUAAUAAUAAUAAUAAUAAUAAUAAUAAUAAUAAUAAUAAUAAUAAUAAUAAUAAUAAUAAUAAUAAUAAUAAUAAUAAUAAUAAUAAUAAUAAUAAUAAUAAUAAUAAUAAUAAUAAUAAUAAUAAUAAUAAUAAUAAUAAUAAUAAUAAUAAUAAUAAUAAUAAUAAUAAUAAUAAUAAUAAUAAUAAUAAUAAUAAUAAUAAUAAUAAUAAUAAUAAUAAUAAUAAUAAUAAUAAUAAUAAUAAUAAUAAUAAUAAUAAUAAUAAUAAUAAUAAUAAUAAUAAUAAUAAUAAUAAUAAUAAUAAUAAUAAUAAUAAUAAUAAUAAUAAUAAUAAUAAUAAUAAUAAUAAUAAUAAUAAUAAUAAUAAUAAUAAUAAUAAUAAUAAUAAUAAUAAUAAUAAUAAUAAUAAUAAUAAUAAUAAUAAUAAUAAUAAUAAUAAUAAUAAUAAUAAUAAUAAUAAUAAUAAUAAUAAUAAUAAUAAUAAUAAUAAUAAUAAUAAUAAUAAUAAUAAUAAUAAUAAUAAUAAUAAUAAUAAUAAUAAUAAUAAUAAUAAUAAUAAUAAUAAUAAUAAUAAUAAUAAUAAUAAUAAUAAUAAUAAUAAUAAUAAUAAUAAUAAUAAUAAUAAUAAUAAUAAUAAUAAUAAUAAUAAUAAUAAUAAUAAUAAUAAUAAUAAUAAUAAUAAUAAUAAUAAUAAUAAUAAUAAUAAUAAUAAUAAUAAUAAUAAUAAUAAUAAUAAUAAUAAUAAUAAUAAUAAUAAUAAUAAUAAUAAUAAUAAUAAUAAUAAUAAUAAUAAUAAUAAUAAUAAUAAUAAUAAUAAUAAUAAUAAUAAUAAUAAUAAUAAUAAUAAUAAUAAUAAUAAUAAUAAUAAUAAUAAUAAUAAUAAUAAUAAUAAUAAUAAUAAUAAUAAUAAUGAUUAUAGAAAGUUCAUUGUCUGUGUUGGUUAUGAUAUCAAAUUAUUAAGCGAUAAGGAUGAGAUUUGUUCAGCAGACAAUAGUAGUAAGCGGAAGCGGAGAGGAAAAGAAAUAGGGUUAGUAUCAGAAGAUAGCGAACUAAUGAAUAAAGUAAAUGUCAUCAUGAAUAAAAUGAAUGAUAUGGUUUUCGAUCAAGAUGAGCCUGUCGCAGAGAUUAAAAAUAUUAUGUUGGAGGAAUUGACAAAUUUCAAAAAGAAUAUUGUAAGAAUGAUUACAAACGCAGUGAAAAAAGAAAUAAAAGUGAUCGGUUAUGAAAUGAAGAAGCUAAUUAAUGAGAAUGUGAAUUCUGUUAAUAGGAAAGAGUUGAAGGAAAAUAAAAAGAUAAUUGAAUCAUAUGCUGUUAAGGCUAAGAAAUCUAGAUAUGAUAACAUAAUCAUCGAACCAAAAAAAGACUAA